CAGGCGCGGACGCAGGUUGCAGCAGCGCCCGACCUCUGCCGAAGCCGUAGUCCUGCUGCCCCUCCCCCGCCCCGCAUCCGCAGCUGCGGGCUCCUGUAGGCCUGUAGUCCCAGCCCCGGCGGUCGGUACUGCAGACCCCGUGACCCCGUCCUGUGGCCAGUGCGCGCCGGAGCCGCUCGGGACUGCGCAGCGCUCCGCGUGCCGACAUGGGAAAGUCUUUUUCUCAUUUGCCUCUGCAUUCAAAUAAAGAAGAUGCUUAUGAUGGAGUCACAUCAACUGAAAAUAUGAGGAAUGGACUGGUUAAUAAUGAAGCCCAUAAUGAAGAUGGAAGAAGUGGAGACGUCUCUCAGUUUCCAUAUGUGGAAUUUACAGGAAGAGAUAGUGUCACUUGCCCCACUUGUCAAGGAACAGGAAGAAUUCCUCGGGGGCAAGAAAACCAGCUGGUGGCAUUGAUUCCAUAUAGUGAUCAGAGAUUAAGGCCAAGAAGGACAAAGCUGUAUGUGAUGGCUUCUGUGUUUGUUUGUCUGCUCCUUUCUGGAUUGGCUGUGUUUUUCCUUUUCCCCCGCUCUAUUGACGUGAAAUACAUUGGUGUAAAAUCAGCAUACGUCAGUUAUGAUGUUCAAAAGCGUACAGUAUAUUUAAAUAUCACGAACACCUUAAAUAUAACAAACAAUAACUAUUAUUCUGUUGAAGUUGAAAAUAUCACUGCACAAGUUCAGUUUUCAAAAACGGUUAUUGGAAAGGCUCGUUUAAACAAUAUAACCAAUAUUGGCCCACUGGAUAUGAAACAAAUCGAUUAUACAGUACCUACUAUCAUAGCAGAGGAAAUGAGUUAUAUGUAUGAUUUCUGUACACUGAUAUCAAUCAAAGUUCAUAAUAUCGUAGUCAUGAUGCAAGUUACUGUGACAACAACAUACUUUGGACACUCUGAACAGAUAUCCCAGGAAAGAUACCAGUAUGUUGAUUGCGGAAGGAACACAACUUACCAGUUGGGUCAGUCUGAGUAUCUAAAUGUACUUCAGCCACAGCAGUAAAAACUGAAGGAGAUGCCACUGGAGAAGAAAUCCCUAUUGAUAUUUUCCAGAACUCUGAAGGAUGAGGUACUUACUUCCUGAUAGGAGAUCUUAAAUUGAAGAAACCUAAAGUUUACACCUUCCAUUUUAGGGGUACAGGUAAAAGCAUGUGGACUCCAACAUUACUGCAGCACUCGACUCUGGUAUGUUAUCUGUACCAGGAUCUUUUACUUGAAUCUAAAUUUAUCAGUUGAUUUUCUUCCCCCCUCUCCCGAUAGGGGGAAAUUGAGACUUCCCAUGUAGGACAGUAAAUAAUUACUUAACAAUUCACAGCUUAAGUCACUACUAAAAACCUAAUUUUGAUUAUGAACAUAAUUUGAGAAACUUUAUUUCUGAAUGCUUUUACAGAGUAUUACUGAGAGCCUGUAAUUCAUGAAAGACUUUUAAAAAAUAACUUUUUUUUCUGUUUUAUAAAUUCCCAUUGCUACAUAGUAGGAUUUCAAGAUAUUUUAGCUUUUAGCUAAACAUUUGUGGUUUUUCAUUUGUUGAAAUUCUACUCAUUUGCACGUUUUUGUCAGUCUUAUUUCAAGCCAGUGCUUGCAUAACACUAGAAACCAGAAUAAUCUCUGCAAAAUUAUGAACCUAAAAUUUUUGAAGGACCCGUUUCACAUGUCUUUCCAUCGAAGUAAGUUUUGUGAAAUUUUUAUGUAGUCUUCAAACAUCGUUAUUGUAUAAUAUUGUAAAUAAACUGUGCAUGGCUUUUAUACAGCUUUAAUAAAUGUCGAAUAAAGUUCAGAUUCAAAAUAAAGUAAGUUGCUCAUAAAAAUACAUAAAAUGGGAAACUGAAAUUCAGAAACUUAUAGAAUGUGAAUAUGGUUCCAGUUACAUACAGAAUCAGGCAUCACGUAAUUUUGAAAUAAAGUAUUUUGAUGCUCCACUUUUUUUUAGACUAACAAGUUGUGGAGACACUUUUCACAACUCUUAGGUACCCAAGUCACCCAUGUCAUCCAUUUUAUGCCUGUUUUUAAGGAGGAAAUUAUGUCUUUGGUAGAAAUUCCCCAAGAAAUCUUAUUAAAUAAUGGUGGCUAUAUAUUAAAAAAACAAACAAACGUGUAUUAUGCUUUUUAAAAAUUUAUUCACUUUGCACAUCACAUGGAUAUCAUGCCACUAGCAGUUAACAUUUUUAUUAAAUUUUCAGCUUUUUGUUUGGAUUUAAUUUAAAACCGUUUUCAAGUGGAAAUCACUGACUCUUGCAUUUUGUCAUCUUACAGUUUCAACACCAUUUUCUAUUUGGGAUUCAUGCCUUUUCACUUACCAAGUUCUAAUUACCUUGUAAAUAUAUACCACUGAGGGUAGGGACCAAUUGUGAUACCAAAAAAAUAAAAAUAAAAAA